AUGAGUGGAUCAAAAUCAACUCAAAAUGCUGCUGCAUCGUCCAACAAGAUCAAAAUGACUGAAUCAAAAUCAACUCAAAAUGCUGCUGCAUCAUCCAACAAGAUCAAAAUGACUGAAUCAAAAUCAACUCAAAAUGCUGCUGCAUCGUCCAACAAGAUCAAAAUGACUGAAUCAAAAUCAACUCAAAAUGCUGCUGCAUCAUUCAAUAAGAUUAAAAUGAGUGGAUCAAAAUCAACCCUCAACGCUACUGCAUCAUCUAACAAGAUCAAAAUGACUGAAUCAAAAUCAACUCAAAAUGCUGCUGCAUCAUCCAAUACGAUCAAAAUGAGCGGAUCAAAAUUAAAUCAAAAUGCUACAGCAUCAUCAAAUAUUCGCCAACCACGACAACGUAUGGCACAAAGUUACCUUCUCAUCUGGAUAGAUGCCAGUAUCGACCAAGCAGACAAGGACUACCAAAAUACACUGGCUCAAUUGAAGAACGUGGUCAAUGAUGUCAGCUUAUUCUCUGAACCAAAUCAAUGCAUUCAAGUACUCAAGAAGAUUGACAAAGAACGAGCCUUUGUGAUAACAUCAGGCUCAUUAGGUCAAUGCUUGGUUCCUGAAAUUCAUGGCAUGCCACAGUUAGAUGCAAUUUACAUCUUCUGUGGCAACAAAUCCAGACAUGAAGGAUGGGUACAAAAAUGGACAAAAAUCAAAGGUGUCCAUACAAAUAUCAAAGAUAUCUGCCAGGCAUUACAAGUGGCGGUUAAACAAUGUGAUCAAGACACAAUAGCCGUAAGUUUUCUCGCGGUAAAUGAAAUGGCUUCAACUGAGAACUUAAAUCAGUUGGAGCCAACUUUUAUGUAUACUCAGCUAUUCAAGGAGAUUCUUCUUGAUAUGGAAUAUAGUGAUGCGGCAAUUAAGGAUUUAGCAGUUUGCUGCCGUGAAGUUUUUAGUGGCAAUACAAUUGAAUUACAAAUUAUUAAUGAAUUCGAACGUGACUAUAAUCCACAGCAAGCAAUCUGGUGGUAUACACGUGAGUGCUUUACCUACAAAAUGCUUAAUCAAGCACUUCGACUUAUGGAUGCCGAUAUAAUCAUUAAUAUGGGCUUCUUCUUACGUGAUGUACAUCAACAGAUUAAACAGCUGCAUGAACAACAGGUCAGUAGUUAUGGAAGAAAACCUUUUAUAGUUUAUCGAGGACAAGGUCUUAUGAAAACAGACUUUGAAAAACUUCAGAAAGCAAAAAGUGGACUUAUAUCAUUUAACAAUUUCUUGUCCACGAGUAAAGAUAAAGAAGUGUCCCUCGACUUUGCUGGACGUGCUUCAUCAAAACCUGAUACGGUUGGCAUUCUUUUUAUAAUUUCGAUUGAUACUUGUACUAAAUCAACACCAUUUGCCUGUAUCACUGAACUUAGUUAUUUCAAGGCACAAGAAGAAGAAAUUCUCUUCUCAAUGCACACUGUGUUUCGAGUGAAUGCAAUUAAACAAAUGGACAAUAACAAUCAACUUUAUCAAGUUGAAUUAAAAUUAACAUCAGAUGAUGACCAACAACUACGAUUACUUACUGAUCGGAUACGAGAAGAAGCUGGUGGUGGCAUCGGAUGGAAAAGAUUAGGCAAAUUAUUGCUUACAGUUGGUCAAUUUAAUAAAGCAGAAGAACUUUACAAUGUAUUACUCGAACAGACAUCUGAUGAGAGUGAAAAAGCGAUUUAUUGUAAUCAGUUGGGAUAUGUCAAAAAUAACCAGGGUGAUUAUAAAAAGGCUAUUUGGUAUUAUGAAAAAUCCCUUGAAAUUAAAGAAAAAACCCUAUCUUCAAAUCAUCCUUCGUUAGCUACUUCGUACAACAGCAUCGGUGCGGUGUAUAAAAACAUGGGAGAGUACUCAAAAGCACUUUCAUAUUACGAAAAAGCACUUGAAAUUCGAGAAAAAAGUCUUCCUUCAAAUCAUCCUCAUUUGGCUACUUCAUACAGCAACAUCGGUCUGGUGUAUAAAAACAUGGGAGAGUACUCGAAAGCACUUUCAUAUUACGAAAAAGCACUUGAAAUUGAAGAAAAAAGUCUUCCUUCAAAUCAUCCUGACUUGGCUACUUCAUACAACAACAUCGGUAAUGUGUAUGACAGCAUGGGAGAGUAUUCGAAAGCACUUUCAUCUCACGAAAAAGCACUUGAAAUUCAACAAAAAACCCUUCCUUCAAAUCAUCCUUCGUUGGCUACUUCAUACAAUAACAUCGGUUUGGUGUAUAAUAACAUGGAAGAGCAUUCGAAAGCACUUUCAUAUUACGAAAAAGCACUUGAAAUUCGACAAAAAACUCUUCCUUCAAAUCAUCCUGAUUUGGCUACUUCAUACAACAACAUGGGCGAGGCGUACAGACAAAUGGGAGAGUACGCGAAAGCACUUUCAUUUUACGAAAAAGCACUUGAAAUUUGGCAAAAAACUCUUUCUCCAAAUCAUCCUCAUUUGGCUACUUCAUACAACAACAUCGGUUUGGCGUAUAAUAACAUGGAAGGGUACUCGAAAGCACUUUCAUUUUACGAAAAAGCACUUGAAAUUGAAGAAAAAAGUCUUCCUUCAAAUCAUCCUGCGUUGGCUACUUCAUACAACAACAUUGGUUUUGUGUAUCAAAAUAUGAAAGACUAUUCGAAAGCACUAUCAUAUUAUGAACGGGCUCUGGCCAUAUUCCAGCGUGCAUUACCUCCAACUCAUCCUAAUAUAAAAAUUGUGAAAGAGAGCAUUGACGUUGUAAAAAAAAAUCAUAAAGAAUAG